AUGUAUACGCCUCAAUUCUUCGACGAAGCUGAAUCCCUCGAUGUACUCGAAUCGACCAUUGCCAAGUACAGAGCUCAAAAACAUCAUGGGGUCGCAACUCUGCUACAUAUCGGCAAACUACAGUAUCCCACCUGCCAAAGCGAUGAGAACAUAAAAGAGAUGAUCAUCAUCAGAAAUGCUUUCAUCAACUGUCUCGGCGAAGUACUUCAAAGACAUCAUCUCGGGCUCAAAAUUCGCUGGGGUAACGUCUUUAUCGACCUGACUAAGACGCAACUGUUCAUGCCGUCAGCCUUGUUUCAACUACCGCGUCUUGUAAAAGUCAUAAAAGAUGACGGUCGGAUUGAUUGCCUCGGACGUCCCGUGGGCCAUAUGUUCCAAGACAACAAAAUCGACGAGCAAUUUCGAUAUAUUGCCUACGAAGAUGGUAGAGACGUGCUAGGACGAUCAAGACUUCACAUAGCAUGCUCUUUGACCGCCGAUCAGCAGGUCAUCUCCGAUCUAGAAGAUGUUUCCAGAUCCAUGUGGUUUAAUGAUGACUAUGAGAUGCUUGGUCUGGACAUUCUUCACGUUGCUGCUAUUCACGGCAAUGUAGAAGUCUUUACCAUCGCAUUAGACAGCAGUAUCGAACUCUGCAACCAAUUAACCUUGCUCGAACACGUAUCGAUGCCCACAGGACGCACAUGCCUUCAUUGGGCGGCAUGCUUCGGACAUCCGGACCUCGUUGCAUACCUCCUUGAGCUUUACAACACCGACAUUGAGUCGUUCCAGGAUAAUCUCAUCUAUACAGAUGACAAUGUCGAUACUCCACUGCAUCUUGCUGCGCAUAAUGGUCAUCUGGAUAUCGUCAAAUCAAUAUCACGAAUCACGGAUUGGGAAAAGAUGAGCAGAUUGUUCCUAUUCCACACACCAUUCUGGGCAGCGACCAGCGGACGCCACCUCGAGAUCAUGGAAUUUCUUGGGCCGUUGUGUGACAUCGACGAAAGAGGAGGUGAACUUCACACGCCACUAGCUGAAGCCGCACGGCAAGGCUUCCGCGAUGGUGUCAAUUACCUACUACAGUUGCAUGGCGUGUCUAUCAACCCAAUGGGUUCGUUUUGGAACAAUGCAAAGAAGAAUUUUUGCAAUGGAACGCCGCUUGACCUCGCUAUUGAAGGCGGACAUCAGGACUGCAUCGACUUGUUGAGACAACACGGCGCUUUGACAUUUUCCGAUAUCAGACGCGAAGCGGAAGAGGCGCUGGACCAUACGAUCUCAGACUAG